CGCUUCUUCAACCCAAUUCACACCCGCCAACGUCGCCACCUCUGCCGACGUCGUGGUCGACACCGCUUGCAUCCCUCACGUUCACCGCGCUCGGGCUAUUCACUAUGAUUGACUUCGUGCGCCAGCUCAAUGUUGCGCACAUGGAAAGGGUGGAGACGCUGCUACGGCUCAUCGCUGUCGACCUGCCCAACUUGAUCUAUGACUACGUGCCGUAUUCCGAUCAAUUUGUCAAGUACUUCUUCGUGUACAUCAUGCUUCAGGCUCUGGCCAUUCUGUGGGGAUUUCUCUUCAACCUUGGAACGAUGGUGGGGGAAAACGUGAUCGAGAUUGUCACGAUGCCGUACUUGCAAGCGUCGUGCGUCCUAUUCGUGCACUACGCUGUCAUUGGCAUCAUCUUGGGCAUUGGUCGAACGACAUGGAUUCUCACGUGGCAGUCGCUGUCCAACUUCCCGUACAUUCGACGGAUCAUGCUCCGCGAGUCGUCUCCGCAAGUGGUCGUCCUGCUGUCGUCGAUUCCGAUCCUUCUCCUUCUCAUAGGCCUCAUCCUUACUCCGUCCUUCUGCACAAACAUGGAUACGGCAGAGGUCACGAACACGUUGUGCAAAUCCAGCUACAUCCGGUACUUGACUCCAGCGUACCCCGUCUUCCAGCGGUCUCUCCGCCUCACGACUGUCAUUGCAUCGACCCAGUUCCUUCAAGUGGUCAUGGAAAUCCUGCCUUCAUGGGACACCAUUCUUGCGCAAACAAACACCCGUCAAGUGAUUGUGCUCGGGAUGUCGCUGGCGACACUCAACGGGUGCACGAUCCUGUGGGCAUUUGAGUGGCUGCUACGGCAUGGCCAGGUGAAAACGACGUCGCUCAGCGAUCUCUCCCAGCUGCGGUGGGAGACGCUUGGUCUCGUCGUUCUCUUUCUCUGGAUGGUCUGGUUCCUCGCGCUUGUUUGCCACAGCUUUCCGCUCUCGUACGCGCCGACGACGGACGACGGGUCGCUCUCGGCCUUCUUUGGACGUCUCAAAGUGACCUUCCUCACCGGCCAAGCCAUUGUGUUCAUGCGCGCGUGCAUUCACCCGCAGAUGGGCUUUGUCCACGCACAGCUGGAACUCACGAUCAUCAACUUGCUCUUGCCACUCUUUUACGUGUUCGCGCUGCUGGUACUGCGGGGGUUUUACCUCAGUUCAUUCCGUAAAGUCGUCGUGGCUGCCCCGGUGUCCCUCUUGCUGGCGUUUGGUAUCCACCGGUACGCCGCGGUCGGCCAAGAGCACACGUACUGGAUCAUUAGCCUCUUUCUCUUUGGCGCAUUCCUCAGGCUUCUCCAGCCAUCGCGGUCCCUGUUUUCGUCUGCUGACACGCAGAAAGGCAUGGCGUCGCAUGCGACGCAGCGUGUGGCCCUUCGGUUCGUCCUGGCGGCGUCUGCGAUUUUUGCGCUGUAUUUGCUGUUCAUGAUUGGAUUUGGCGCACUUACAUUUCUCCAGCGCGAGAAGGAGCUGUUCCCAUCCAUGGCAACGGUUCAAAUCGACAAGCACGUGCUCGACAUUCGCCACGCCAGCGUCGUCCGGCUCCACAUGACCCUCGCCACCGACACCCAUCGACCGAUGGAACCCCGGCCGCCAAACUACGCAAGCUGUGGCAACCGGUGGUUCAACUUGAGCCUCGUCGACUACGCACUUCUGUCGCAAGCAGCCUACUUCAAUCCGCAGAACGACCAGCUCCGCGACUUUGUGUCCACCGUCUUUCGCAGCGACACGGAGGACCCACGCUUUGACAUUCGAUUGCCCGAGAAUUACACGGCGCACAGUUCGAAAGUCGAGUUCUUUGAGGCGUACUCCAACGACCUGAAUGUGUCGGUGAUUUCAGUGCGUGGCACGGAUGUCGGCCGGUUUCGGGACUUUAUCGAAGACGCCAAGAUGUAUGCCGAGCCAGUGAUCUUUGUCAUUUUGUCCAGCAUCUUCCCGACCAUUCGUAUGUGGCCCGACGUGACGUUUUCGACGUUGAUUGAGCUCUACCACGAGCUCGCGACGAUGUUUGGACUCACUCACGAGUAUUGGUACUAUCACGAACUGCUGCAGUACGUCAAGUCGAUCCACGAUCGCAACGUGAUCCUGACCGGCCACUCGCUCGGUGGCGCCAUUGCGCGAGUCGUUGGGUCGGUGCUGGGCAAGCCGUCCGUAUCAUUUUCACCGCCAGGCUCUGGACAAACGUACAGCAAACUCGUCCACGACAUCGCGGGCCAAGAUAUAAACGUCGAUCGCACUCGCCUGCACCACGAAUCGACUUGUGUGUUGCCAGAAUACGAUCCCGUGACGAUGAUCGAUACCCAGUCGGGCCUCAUUCAGCGCAUCACGUGCGACACGCCCCAUUUGUCGAUGCAACUCUCAUGCCACAUGAUCCAAGGCACGCUGUGCAACCUCCUCGAUCAUUGCGGGGACCACCGCCGUCGGUUCGCGUCGUGCCAGUUCGAACACCGCAUCACGUCGCUGUCGGAAGACCUGUUUGAAGUUGUGUUUGUGGACGUGUUGUCCCCGACGAUGGUGUCUGGGUUGCUCAUGGCCGUCGCCCUCGCGCUCUCCCUCGUCCGCCACAGAAUCAACACCCACCGCCGUCGCUCUGUCAGCAACAACAACGCUCGCCCCGCAUAGACACUGUCGUCCUCGAACGCGACACAAAUCACAGCAUGUUUAACCCUGCAAUGGCACUGUGCGGGAUUGCAUGCAGCUGCUCCCGUCGCGCUUUGACCUGUUCGUGUCUGGC